AUGAUGGUUAUAUUGGCUUUGAAUGGAGUUGCGACGAUUAUCGCAUGCGCUCUGAUAUGCCAGCCAGUAGCCUAUAAUUGGGACCGUACCAUUCCAGGGGGCAAGUGCGGCAAUUAUCAUGCGUUUUGGUUGAUCACCAGUAUCCUAGGGGUCAUUUUUGACCUUAUUCUAAUCGUACUGCCACUUCCCGUCUUCUGGAAGCUUCAAUUGAGUCUGCGAAAGAAGAUAACACUUACUAUUCUGUUCGGUCUGGGGUUUUUUAUCUUCGCAAUUACUAUCAUGCGAGUAAUCUACAUUGAAAAGAUAAAUUACGAGGACCUUACGUACACUGGAUCACUCCUCACGGCAUUUACGGUUUUAGAGCCUACUCUGGGAAUCGUCGCAGGAUGUGUUCCAAUCAUGUCUCCAAGUAUCUCAAGGGUAAAGAUCAUUCUAAAAACCGCCUUUGUGUCCAUGUUUAAAGGCUCGUCUUCUACGAUAGAGCAUUCAACGACAACUCCUUUAGGAUUUUCGAAAGAGGCUUUCCCUGAUGAACACCAUUGGUCCCGCUUACAUGAUCGUCUAUAUCCGUUAACAGACAUAACUUCAUCACAGAUAACUACGGUUGAUGCACGCUUGGCUGAAAAUGAUGAGCUUUGGGGGGUCGAAUAA